AUGGCUGAAGCUGGUCCGUCAGAAUCAAAGACACUGGCCAAGGGCGAGGCUGAACAAUCUUCCAGCGAUUGUACGGAUAAAACAGGCAAAACAGCAGCUCAAAGUAAAACUAUAAAUUCCAGAGGUAGGCAAGGUAACUUUAGCAGAAAUUCAAGAUCUAAGCCCAACCAAGAGCAGCCGGAAAGGGAGGUGGGAGUAGGGAAUGCUGGUGAUACAAAACCCAAAAGCAGGUCUAAGCCCAGAGGUAGGCAAAAUGCCCGAUCACAAGGAAAGAUGUUUGGAGAAAUUGGACAGAAUAACCAAACUGAGGGAGAGGUGUUGAAAGCUGAUAUAAAAUACAGGGAAGAUAAAUCCAAGCCUGAAGGAACAUGUUCUUCAACCUACAAUGCAAGUAGGCAGGGUGGUAUAGAAAAUCCCAAACCACAUCAGACCAACAUAGAUAAUAAAUCUAGAGCUCAUUGUGGAAGAACCCAGGGAUUUAAUAAUUACUCAAAGUCAAAACCAGGUUCUGCUAAAAAUUUUGGAUCCCAACCCAGCAAGCAUGGUACGGCUAGUCAACUGGUUGUUUCAGCACCAUUGCCAUCUCAACCCCCUGCCCUAAUGGUCACAGACACUCAAAAACCUUUCACAAGUCAUGGGAUUGUAAGUGAUGGUAUUUAUGUGCCUAAAAAUAAAUUGGUAAAUACUGGGCGAGGUUCUAAGAAGAAACAAUUUGUUGAUGAUAGUUCAAUCGUGAAUAAUCGAACUGAUCUUCAAAGGAAUUUACAUUCAUCAAAGAGAUUUGAUUAUUCAUAUUAUGUUGGAGGUCCACACAAGCAAGCGUCAUACGAUGUAGGCAAGUUGAAUGCAAAUUUUCAAGCUGUUAGCAUCAAAUCGCCAGGGCAGUCUUCAGUGCAAGCAAGUGUGUUGAUUGAACAGUUGACCGAUGAGAAGUAUGAGUGUAUGGUGUGUUGUGAGGUGAUCAGAUGUUCAAAAGGUGUCUGGUCAUGUUCAAACUGCUUUCAUAUAUUUCAUCUUUAUUGCAUCAAGCGCUGGGCAAGAUCUCCCACAUCUGCAAUUGAAGGUGAGAGAAAUGUUUUCUAAUAUAUAUUAUAUGUAUUUAAAGAAGAGCAGGAGUGGAUCUAGGCUCAUGUGUAUGGAGGGAUGCAGGUUUCCAUGGGGUAGUGCAUGAGGAGCCUUACUACCCACUCUGAUCUCCUCUGCAGUCUGCAACACUACUGUCCCAACUAGAGGUAUAUGCAUCGAAUUGGAUUGGACGUUUAUAAUCUGACAAUUGGCUAAUGUUUAAAGUCUGAUCCAAAAUUGUCUAAUUCAAAUCCGAUCCGAGUUUUGAUAAAGAAUUCCGAUUCAAAGAAUCCUUAAAGUUUAAUAAUUAAAAUAAAUUUCUCGACAUUCAAGUGGAAAUAUUUAACCAAAUAAUAAUUAUAUAUAAUUAAUUCAUUUUAUGUCGAAUAUCGAAGUCCGAUCUGACUACGAAACAACUUUAUCAAUCCGAUGCAAUCCGAAAUGAAUAUUUUUGUUCCGAAGUCAGAACGAAUCGGAUCGGAUUUGCACACCUCUAAUCCCAACAUUACCAUUAUUCGAGAUGUUCUGUUACAUUUUCAAUUACCUUUGUGUCUAAUGUUCAUUCGACUUUUUAUCAUGCCUGUGUGACUGGACAGUUGCUGCAGCACAGUACAGUAAACUUGCUUGUUAAAGUACAGUAUAUUUAAUUAUAUGACUGAGUGUACAGGGUGUAUAAAAAAAACUGCACAGAUUUGAAAUUUGCUCUUAAAUUUGCAAAACAGCUAUUAGUAUCCAGUUUUUUAUGUAUAUAGCUUCUUUGGGUACUUAUAAUGUAGAAAAAUGGAAACAAUUUCUCAAACUCAAAUUUUGUGAACCAGGGGUGUGUGUCUUUUCCAACAAACUAAAAAUGGCUUGCGCACAAAAUUUAAAAGCUUUAAUCAUAUUUUAAGUUAACAGAUGGAAAGUUUGUUGGGUGUUUAAUCAAGUACUGUACAAAAUUUCAGACAAUUUGCGUCAGUUUACGCCCUUUAACCAUUCACGCAAACUUACAUUUUUUCUUAAAAAAUCAUCCAUUUGCAUGCUAAUCAAUGCCUUUGCCUAAUUUGCAUAUGUCAGCAAUAUGCAAAUUAGGUAAAGGCAUAAUUAAGCAUGCGAAAGGCUAAUUUUUUAGAGAAAAAUGAAUAGUUAAAGGGCUUUAAACUAAAGCAAAUUGUCUGAAAUUUUGUACAGUAAUUACUGCGGAUUCAGGUAGACCGUUUAAUGCAAAUAGUUGUCGCGUUAGUUUUAAACUUUGUACGAUGACGUGUCUAGGCAGAUUUUCGACGUUUCUAAGGCGUGGCUUCAACGUUUAUUUUUAAAAUUUGAACGUUGUAAUUACAAGGUAAUUGCCAGAUAGUAUACUUCAAAAUAAGGUUUCCGUUUUUAUAACGUAGAAAAAAUCAUCCUAACGCAAAACUAAACCCUAACCUAACCCUAACUUAUUUAAAAAAUUGAUAUAAAAACGGAAACCUUAUUUUGAAGUAUACUAUCUGGCAAUUACCUUGUAAUUACAACGUUCAAAUUUUAAAAAUAAACGUUGAAGCCACGCCUUAGAAACGUCGAAAAUCUGCCUAGAAACGUCAUCGUACAACUGUCAAAACUAACGCGACAACUAUUCGCAUUAAACGGUCUACCUGAAUCCGCAGUAGUACGAAUAGUCGACGAAUAGUGCAAUAGAGACUUUGCAAGGCUUUGCAGCAGUGCUGUAGAACUAAAUUUACCGGGGGGGCUCUAUUGACAAACAUGAAAUCGUGAAAACAUUCGUUGACGUACGUCAAUGGCGUCAUACGUAACCGGUAAAAAUUAUGGGAACCACUGAGUAUUUUAAUAAAAUAUAAAACAACGGUAACUUCGAAAAUAAACAUUUUAAUAUUGUAGCUUUCCCGCUGGUCAUAUUCAGCAAAUUUUCUCCCAGUACCACAGGCUCGCAUUUUCAGCGGACUUGUGAAAAAUUGAAACUUUUACAUUUUGCACAGAACUGCCCACUUUCUGUAAGAUGUCCGCUGACAAUACGAGCCCGCACGAGUGGGAGAAAUUUUGCUAAAUUUGACCAACGUAUUUCGACUAAAAUUCAGUUAUCGUCAGGAAAUAUAUUUCAUAUUUUUUAAAUUUAUAAUCAUUCCUGAUGGCAAGUGGUAACAAUAUGAGCGAGUCAUGAAUUUUACUGAUGGAAUUUUAUAGGAAUUUUACUUGUAAGUUGUGAUGUUGUAACUGAAGAUUUAAGGGCUUUUUAAGGGCUGGUUAUUUUCUGCUUUACAUUGGUAAAAAAUGCAGAGAUAGCUACAAUUCUUGGGCGUUGAAUAAUGCUGGAAUAGACAAGAUCGACGCAUUAUUUGAUAGGUUCGAGGCCUAUUGCUAUCCUAAGGAGAAUGUUACGGUGCUACGCUACAAGUUUAAUACGAGAGUUCAACGAAGCGACGAUAAUAUAGACCAAUAUGUAACAGAACUAAAACGGCUAGCGAAUGACUGUUCUUACGGAGAACUUUUGGAAGAAAUCAUUCGAGAUCAGAUUGUUUGCGGCACAAACAAUCCACGAAUUAAAGAAAAACUUUUGCAAGCCGAAACGCUUGACUUAUCAAGGGCUAUAAACAUUGCCAGGGAAUUGAAAUAUCUACACAUCAAUUGA